GGGCGGGGCGGGCGCUGACCGCCUUCUCCGCGCGUCCCGCCGGAGGGGAGCCCGCGCCGCCGCGCCCGGGCCGCCGGCGAUGAUCACCUAGGAGGCCGGCGCGGGCGGGCGCGAGCGACGGAGGAGCCGGGCGCGGCGACACGCGGCCAUGCAGUGGGAGCCGCCGGCGGCGGAGGAGCCCGGGCCCCCGGGGCGGCGGCGGCGGCGGCGGCGCCGCGAGGGCUGGACGCGCACCGUGCGCUCCAACCUGCUGCCGCCCCCGGGGGUCGAGGACCCUGCGGCGGGCGCGGCCACGGGCGCGCGGCGGCGGCUUCGUGCGGGCGCCCAGCACCUGGCCGACAACCGGCUCAAGACCACCAAGUACACUCUGCUGUCCUUCCUGCCCAAGAACCUGUUCGAGCAGUUCCACCGCCUGGCCAACGUGUACUUCGUCUUCAUCGCGCUGCUCAACUUCGUGCCGGCGGUGAACGCCUUCCAGCCGGGGCUGGCGCUGGCCCCCGUGCUCUUCAUCCUGGCCGUCACGGCCUUCAAGGACCUGUGGGAGGACUACAGCCGCCACCGCUCUGACCACGAGAUCAACCACCUGGGCUGCCUCGUCUUCAGCAGGGAAGAGAAGCAAUACGUGAACCGAUUCUGGAAAGAAAUCCAUGUGGGAGACUUUGUGCGUCUUCGCUGCAAUGAAAUCAUCCCUGCAGACAUUCUGCUGCUGUCUUCCAGUGACCCCGAUGGGCUGUGCCACAUCGAGACUGCCAACUUGGAUGGAGAGACCAACCUGAAGCGACGGCAGGUGGUCCGUGGCUUCUCAGAGCUUGUCUCCGAAUUCAAUCCUUUGACGUUCACCAGCGUAAUUGAAUGUGAGAAGCCAAACAACGACCUGAAUAGGUUCCGUGGUUGCAUCAUACACGACAGUGGGCAGAAGGCCGGGCUGUAUAAAGAAAACCUGCUGCUGCGGGGAUGCACCAUCAGAAACACAGAAGCCAUCGUCGGCAUUGUCAUCUACGCAGGACACGAAACCAAGGCACUGCUGAACAACAGUGGGCCUCGCUACAAGCGCAGCCGGCUCGAGAGGCAGAUGAACUGUGAUGUGCUCUGGUGCGUCCUCCUCCUCGUCUGUAUGUCUCUGUUUUCAGCAGUUGGACACGGACUGUGGAUGUGGCGGUAUCAAGAGAAGAAACCAUUAUUUGAUGUCCCUGAGUCCGACGGCAGCUCUUUGUCCCCAGUCACAGCUGCAGUGUACUCCUUUCUGACCACGAUAAUAGUUCUGCAGGUUUUGAUCCCAAUUUCCUUAUAUGUGUCUAUUGAAAUUGUUAAAGUAUGCCAGGUGUACUUCAUUAACCAGGACAUAGAGUUAUAUGAUGAAGAGACAGACUCACAGCUGCAGUGCCGAGCUCUGAACAUCACAGAAGACUUGGGGCAGAUACAGUAUAUCUUCUCAGAUAAAACUGGCACUUUAACUGAGAAUAAGAUGGUUUUCCGAAGAUGCACUGUGUCUGGCAUAGAAUAUUCCCAUGAUGCAAAUGCCCAGCGUCUGGCCCGGUACCAGGAGGCGGACUCAGAGGAGGAGGAGGCGCUUCCCAGAGGGGGCUCUCUGCCCCAGCGCGGCAGCACCGGGAGCCACCAGAGCGUCCGCGCCACGCCCAGGAGCCAGAGCACCAGGUCCCACCGGCGCACGGGCAGCCGGGCCGAGGCCAGGCAGGCCAGCAUGCUGUCCCAGCACACGGCGUUCAGCAGCCCCAUGGAGAAAAACAUUACGCCUGACCCAAAGCUGUUUGAGAAGGUGAGUGAAUGUGACAGGUGCCUGGCCAUCGCAAGGCACCGGGAGCACCCGCUGGCCCACCUCUCACCCGAACUGUCCGACGUUUUUGACUUCUUCAUCGCGCUCACCAUCUGCAACACAGUAGUAGUCACAUCGCCGGAUCAGCCACGACAAAAGGUGAGGGUGAGGUUUGAGCUGAAGUCCCCCGUGAAGACCAUAGAAGACUUCCUCCGGAGGUUCACGCCCAGCCGCCGGGCUGCGGGCUGCAACGGCCUCGGCAGCCUGGCCGCCAACAGGGGCCAGCACAAGCCGGGCUCCGGCUGCCUGUCCGGCCCGGCCCGCGUCAGCGCUCCGCUCGGGCCCGAGGAGCAGCCAGGCCAGCCCGUGGCGCUCGCCAGCAACGGUAUCAGCGAGCCGGGCAGCGGGGCCUCGCGGCGCACCGCCCGCGGGCAGGCACCGGAGCUGCGCUACGAGGCCGAGAGCCCCGACGAGGCGGCGCUCGUGUACGCCGCCCGGGCCUACAGCUGCGCGCUGGUGGACCGCCUGCCCGACCACGUGUCGGUGCAGCUGCCCCAGCUGGGCAGGCUCACCUUCGAGCUCCUGCACACGCUGGGCUUCGACUCCGUCCGCAAGAGGAUGUCAGUGGUCAUCCGGCACCCCCUCACCGACGAGAUCAGCGUCUACACCAAGGGGGCCGACUCGGUGCUCAUGGACCUCCUGCUGCCCUGCUCCCCAGAUGACGCCAGAGGAAGGCAUCAGAAGAAAAUCCGAAGCAAGACUCAGAAUUACCUCAACCUGUAUGCAGUGGAAGGCCUGCGCACUUUGUGCAUCGCCAAGAGGGUCCUAAGUAAAGAAGAGUAUGCCUGUUGGUUGCAAAGCCACUUAGAAGCAGAGUCCUCCCUGGAAAACCGCGAGGAGCUCCUUUUUCAGUCUGCCAUUCGCCUGGAGACCAAUCUUCACCUGUUGGGUGCCACUGGGAUUGAAGACCGCCUGCAGGAUGGAGUUCCCGAAACCAUCACUAAACUGCGUCAGGCAGGCCUGCAGAUUUGGGUUCUCACCGGGGACAAACAGGAAACAGCCAUCAACAUUGCGUACGCCUGCAAACUGCUGGACCACGACGAGGAGGUCAUCACCCUGAAUGCCGAAUCCCAGGAGGCAUGUGCGGCCCUGCUGGACCAGUGCCUACACUACAUGCAGUCCAGGAGCCCCCACAGAACCCCUGAGAAGAUCACAAGCACUGUGAGCGUGGGGUUCUUCCCCCUCUGCCCUCCCCCUGCGCCCUCCACCUCUGGCCCCAUCCCGAGCCUCGUGAUCGAUGGGAGAAGUCUGGCCUACGCCCUUGAGAAAAACCUGGAGGACAAGUUUCUCUUCCUCGCUAAACAGUGCCGGUCAGUCCUUUGCUGUCGCUCGACACCCCUGCAGAAGAGCAUGGUGGUGAAGCUGGUCAGGAGCAAGCUCAAGGCCAUGACCCUGGCCAUCGGAGACGGAGCCAACGAUGUCAGCAUGAUCCAGGUGGCCGAUGUGGGUGUGGGGAUCUCGGGCCAGGAGGGCAUGCAGGCAGUGAUGGCCAGUGACUUUGCAGUGCCGAGAUUCCGGUACCUCGAGAGACUCUUAAUCGUUCAUGGACAUUGGUGCUAUUCCCGACUUGCCAACAUGGUGCUGUACUUCUUCUACAAAAACACAAUGUUCGUAGGCCUCCUGUUUUGGUUCCAGUUUUACUGUGGCUUCUCUGCAUCUGCCAUGAUUGACCAGUGGUACCUGAUCUUCUUUAAUCUGCUCUUCUCGUCACUUCCCCAGCUCGUGACUGGGGUGCUGGACAAGGACGUGCCGGCCAACAUGCUGCUGACCCAGCCCCAGCUGUACAGGAGCGGCCAGAACAUGGAGGAAUAUCGGCCACAUACCUUCUGGUUGAACAUGGCCGACGCUACCUUCCAGAGCCUGGUUUGCUUUUUCAUUCCUUACCUGGCUUAUUAUGACUCAGACACAGACGUGUUUACCUGGGGAACGCCCAUCACUGCGAUUGCACUGUUCACCUUCCUGCUGCACCUGGGUAUUGAAACCAGGACCUGGACCUGGCUCAACUGGAUAGCUUGUGGCUUCAGUAUCCUUUUAUUUUUCACUGUGGCUUUGAUUUACAAUGCUUCUUGUGCAACGUGUUAUCCUCCAUCCAACCCUUAUUGGACUAUGCAAACAUUAAUGGGCGACCCCGUGUUUUACUUGACUUGUCUCAUAGCACCUGUUGCUGCACUGCUGCCCAGAUUGUUUUUCAAAGCACUGCAGGGGAGCCUCUUCCCCAACCAACUGCAGCUGGGGCGCCAGUUGGCCAAGAGAUCCCCCAAGAAAUGCAAUGCUCCCAAAGAGACCUUUGCUCAGGGACAGCUCCCGGGAGAACCGAGAACAGAACCAUCCAAACAGAAGAGCAUCAGUAUGUCUGGAGUCCCCUCUCAGGACCGUACCUCACAGGUGUCUUGGCAUGCACAACAGCCAGCCUGCUCCCCAGAGAGCAGUGGGGAGCCCAGCAUGGUGGACAUGACUGUGCCUUUGAGGGAGGACACCUUGCCUCAGGGACUGAGCAGGCAGGCCCCCGGGGCUAACAGGCCAGGGGAGACUGUCCUGGGAGGAUGUCCUGGGGACCCCAAGAUGAAUCCCACCAGCACCAGCAGGGCAGCCCCCCUGUCACCCAUCUUCAGCCUGCCCAGCUUCAGCUCACUCAACUGGAUUUCCUCCCUGUCGCUGGUCAGUGGGCUGGGCAGUGUCUUAAAGCUCUCCCAGCAGCCUGCAGGUGGACCAGCAGGAGGGCGAAUUCCCGCCCAGCCCCCCUCAGCCAGACCAGGACCUGUGUGGCCGUCAUGGGCAGACCACGGACUACUUCUAGGAGCAUCUUCUGGUCGCUGCAACUGAUGGCAGUAUAAGUGAAAACCUUGAAAUGGCCAAUUUUUUAAAAUAACAUAGAUGUUAAUAUUAUUUAUGUUUAUUAUUUGCACAGAUUUCUAGUGAGAUGUAUUUUAUAUAUUUCCACAGCUAACGCAGGAAAUGAAAGGUACCAAAAAAGAAAGUUUAUUUUUUAAAAGUUCUAAGUAGAGUAUAUUGAAAAGAAAAAAAAAGAGCUUUAACAUAUAUGAAAAUGUAAAGAAGAGUGACACUUGAAAAGUGUGUUUAGAUUUAUUUUUUCAUCUCAUUUUAUAAGAAAAUGCAGUCUGACUGGUUUUGUUCAACGUGGUGACCUUUGCUUUCCCCGUGUGUAAAUGUGUGUGAGCGUGGGGAGCCCAGCCAGGUGUGGACUGCAGUUGGGGAGCUGACGGGUUUUGGGGACAGGGAUCAGGGCGGGGGAAACAUGGCCCCCCAGCAGUAAAUCCCCACAGUCUGUCUGCCUGUUCCACUAACCUGCGAGGGUGGGGCCUCCACCCAGGAAAAGGGAAGUGAGACCUCGAGAAACACACUUGAGGUUCAGUCAGUCAGUUCUACACAGGCAUUUCGUAAAGAUCGCCUUGUGGUUACCACAGUCCCUGUGUAGGGUCUGCCUGUCAAAACCAUAACAAGCAAUAAACAGCCUUCACUUUGCAAAGAAAGCGUGUCCGGUGCCACUGUUGUGUGAAGUGAUUAGCAUGUGACCUGGCAAAACCUGUUCUGAGUUGCAGGCACUUUCUCAUGGCGAGUCCUUGUAGACACCAUGAAGGAGGCAGCUGGGUGGCAUCCAAGGUGCACACCGAGGCUGACCCGCGUCAGUGCUCAGCUCCCUGAUCAGGCCCUCAGUACCCACCAGGCCCUUCCUGCCGUGAAGCUAAGCUUGUUCAGUAUCUUUAGGCAUUUGUCCUAUGUGUUGUUAUUUCUGCCCUGUAAACGUAGAAAAGGAGGGGAAAGAAUUUUUUAAAUCCAAGGCAUCAUAUUAGCAUUCCUUCUUCAGAGCCCUCUGUUCUUUGCCAAUAGUUGUGAGUCGCCUGCUUGCUCAGCCUGAGAUAUGAAAUGGGCACGAUGUGCUCCCUUAGGGCCCCUGUGGCUGCCCAUCUCUGAGAAGAGCAGUGGACAGAGGGUGGAGGAUGUCAGGACUAAGCCUGAGGAUAGCAUACCAGGGAAUGGCUAGUUAUCCAGCAUAUGUGACUCACUGAACAGGACAGCAAACCAGUCAAGCCAAAAGGGAGUAUAACACAGAGAAGACAAGUAGUGACUCUGUAGCAUCUUACUACACUGAUGGACAGUGAUUGCAGUGGGACCGGGGAACUUGGUAAUAUGGGUGAAUGUUGAAAACACAAUGAUGGUUAUGUGCAACCAUCAUAAGAUUAUAUAUCAAUGAUACCUUAAUCUAAAAAAAUGUUUUUCUUGUGUUGGUGUUGUAUUGGUAAAUGAGAUUUUUUCCUUCCCACCGUAAUAGACAAUAAUCCAGUUUCAUUCUCUACAUGUAGCCGUCCAGUUUUGCCAGCACCAGUUGUUCAAAAGGCUGUCAUUUCCCCAUUGUAUAUACAUGGCUCCUUUAAAGCCGGGGAGUGUAAUGCCCCCAGCUUUAUUCUUCCUUCUCAGGAUUUCUGUGGCUAUUCGGGGUCUUUUGUGGUUCCAUUUGAAUUUUAGAACUAUUUGUUCUAGCCCAUUGAAGAAUGUCCCUGGUAUUUUGAUAGGGAUUGCAUUGAAUCUGUAGUUUGAUUUCGACAGGAUGGCCAUUUUGACAAUAUUAAUUCUCCCUAUCCAUGAGCAUGGGAUGUAUUUCUAUUUAUUGGUGUCUUCUGUAAUUUCUCUCGAGUGUCUUGUAGUUUUCAGGGUAUAGGUCUUUCACCUGCUUGGUUAGGUUUAUUCCUAGGUAUUUUAUUCUUUUUGAUGCAAUUGUAAAUGGAGUUGUUUUCCUGAUUUUUCUUUCUGCUAGUUCAUCAUUGGUAUAUAGGAAUACAACAGAUUUCUCUGUCUUAAUUUUGUAUCUUGCAACUUUACUGAAUUCAGUUAUUAGUUCUAUUUUGGGGUGGA